UGAUUCUAUUUUAUAUUGGUUUUGUUUUAGGUCAAAAUUAAUGGACAGCCUCCAUGUGGCUCCGCAGCAAACGGGAAGUAAAACUUCAAGCAGAAGUGCUUCUCCAUGCCGUCCGCAGCAACCGUCUCAACAGCAGCAGCAGCAACUUCACCACCAUCACCAUCCUCAUCACACCAAGUCCCUGAGCCAUGGUUCGGUCGAUAUUGUGAAGGUCCAGGAAGGUCCACCGCCGAAGCCAGCGCGACACCGUUCACCUACGGCAUCUGCUGUUCAUACGAAAACUGAUAUGGACGAUUCCAAUCAUUUGGUACAGCACGAAGAAGCUGGUGAUACAACGGCAGAAGGGGAUGAGUCUGAUCUUUGUUACGGAUCAUCGUUUAUCUCAAACGGCAGUUCCGAACACGGCAUACAAUAUGAUGAACUCGAUGCUGCUUCCAGGACCAAUCCUGCCAUCGAACACCUUUCAAACAAGAUUAAACGUACAAAAGACUGCAUACGAUUAGAACAAACGCUUAGGGAUGACAAUGUAAACGAGUACCUUCACUUGGCAGCUAAUGCUGACAAACAACAAUUACAAAGGAUAAAAGCUGUUUUCGAAAAGAAGAACCAAAAAAGCGCUCAUGUGAUAUCUCAGUUGCAGAAGAAGUUAGACAAUUAUCAGAGACGAUUACGAGAAUACGAGACUCACGGUACUGCUCACAGUCAUCGACCACCACGAGAGGUUUUAAGAGACGUAGGACAAGGGCUAAAGAAUGUCGGAGGAAAUAUAAGAGAUGGAAUAACUGGAUUCAGUGGGACCGUUAUGUCAAAGCCAAGAGAAUUUGCUCAUCUAAUAAAGAAUAAGUUUGGUAGUGCAGACAAUAUAAACCAGUUAUCAACAUGGUACAUAGGGCCUGGUGCAACUGGUUCCGACAGUGGAGCUACGACAGAGGGAGGUGGGAGCGGCGGAGGUGGUGGGGGCAGUGAUGCAGGCGCAGACUCCAAAGCUCCACAUCAUGGAUCCUCAACCCUUCCCGCCAAUCUACACGUAACCACUACAAGUCAUACCAACACUCCUGCACCUAACAAAUUCCCCAGCGAUGAGGGUAGCGAAUGCAGUAGCGUCACUAGUGAAAGUUUAGACAGGUAUCAUAGCAGAGCUCAAGACAGUGGAUCAAAGGGAGCAACAACGUUUAGUUACAAAGCGAUAUUUGCUCAAAUUCAGUCCCUUCAGGAAGAGGUGGAAAGAUUACGGGAAAAAGCGGAAACGAGCAAGUCUCUUCAACAGGAAAUACAAUAUUUGAACGCGUCGUUACAGGAAGAGCGGUUUAAAACGGAUCGGUUAGAAGAGCAGAUCAACGAUUUAACAGAGCUGCACCAGAACGAAGUGGAAAAUCUAAAACAGGCCAUGGCGGACAUGGAAGAGAAAGUUCAGUACCAAAGCGAAGAAAGACUAAGGGACGUGCAUGAAAUGCUCGAACAUUGCCAGACAAAGAUUCAAAAGAUGGAACACCAGGCUGCUCAACAACAGCAGUAUGUCUCCUUGGAGGGACUGGACAACUCGAAUGCAAGAGCUCUUGUUGUAAAAUUAAUAAAUGUUCUGCUUACCGUUCUACAAGUUGUUCUGCUAUUGGUGGCAACAGGAGCGGGAAUUAUUAUGCCAUUUCUUCGUACCAGGGAUAGCAAAAAAACUGUAACUGUUGUCGAGAUAGAGGAUGUUUCUCCUGCCAAAAUGGCUUUUUUGAGUUCCAGGCACAGUUUUUUCACACAGACUAUUGGCAGAACGUGACUGGUAAAGUAAACUUUUAUUUUAUUUUCAGAUUUUCUAUUUUUAAAAGUGUGAAACAAAUUUUUGAUAACGAUGGUUUGGUUUGUUUGAUAAUAUCUAACGUU